AGCAAGAGGCUGCAAGGCGAAAAGGAAAGGGAGAUGAUCGGGUCUGUGGAAGCUCUUGGUAUGGGGCUGGGUUGGAAAACCCUACCGCCCCGCCAUGUUUGUCUUACAUGGAGUGAGGUCUUUUCCAAUGCCUCCAAUGCCGAUGGUUUCCAGGCACCCCUCCCUUUCCCUCUCUGAGUCUUUUGAGGAUUGGUGUGACAUGCGAUGGUGAAGAAGGCGCCGGGAGGAGGGAGAGGAAGCGCAGGGAUUCCUACAAGCUGUGGGGAUGGGGGCAUCGCCGUGCCCAUACCAGCUCUGGCUGAGAGAUGCAGGUUGAUGGUGCUUGCCGAUCCCUCCCAUGCCUAUGGUUUUUAGUAGCUCGUUCCUCUCCCUUGCCCCUCUUGUAAUGCUCUUACGUUAUGGAUGCGGCUUACAGUAAGAACAGGUGUUCUUAUUUCAGCCGCCUCCUCCACCAACCAUUCUGUCCGCUGCCGGAGAGCUCCGACAAACAACCCAGCCGUUUCAGAACAUCCCCCCUCUGCACCUUUUGUCGUCGGCUGCAACAGAAUGGCACCGCUCCACGCAUCCGUCGCCCUCCUCCCUUUACACCUCCUCCCCCGGUGGUGCCGUGUUAUCCCUCCAUGGUUUGGCUCCUCAUGAAACCUCCACCAGCUGCAAAAUACCAUCUCCACCAACCAUUCUUUCCGCAGCCUGAAAGCUCCGACAAAGCACCCAGCCGUUUCAGAAGGGCAACUCCUUGUUUCCUUGCCCCAUUCUACCGUUUUGACCUAGUGGGGUUCGCCUUAUCUUGAUCCAUCCCCGGCCAAUUUAGUCGCUCCCCAAAACCAACCCCCACUCCCCCUCCUCUCCCUCCAUUCGAUGCUCCCAUCCGAGCGCUCCGUCGCUUUCUUCGCCUUGCUCCUGCUAGGGUUACUCGUCUCCGGCGUGUUGACGCCCGUGGUGCUUGAUCCGUCGGCGGAGAGCGAAUCUUGGGGGACCGCAGCUGCCGCCGCUGCAUCUGCUUCCCCUCUUCCUUCUCCUCCUACUCCUUGGCUUUCAAUUCCUGCUCCGCCUACUAGCGAGAUCUUCCAGGAAGAAAAAUGGACCGACCGGCCAUUGUCGGGGGAUUUGGUACCGGUCGAGGAGUCUCCUCCUUUUGUCCCGGAUCCCAAAUCGGCGUUGCUAUUGAGUUCGGCUGAAAGGUAAGCACUUGGAUUUUGGAUUGGUUCAAGUAAGAGCAGGGUUUUCUGCUAUCGCUCGUAUGUUUUUGAUUGGUUGUGUUUGUUAAAGAUCUAACUUUUUAAAGUUCAAGACACGAAUUUGAAGAUAGUUGUCGUGAAAUUUGACUCUCUCCUUUCGAAAUUCGACAUUACUUGCAGCUUAGUAGAGGCUAGCUGCUGUAACAAUGACAAUUUGCUAGCUGUGAUAGGCGUUCUUUUAAGCAUGUCGACUUGUGCGAAUAUGUGUUUCAAAGUAGCAGCAGCUUGAUUAUGGUAAUUCCUGAAAUUCUCAUGUGGCUCGAUGAAACAUUUUGCACCCACUAAGAACCAUUGGCUUUCUGAUAUUUUCUAUAUUAGCUUAUGGAAACAGUUGUUAGAUGAAUGCAUAGGUAUACCUUCAAGUGGGUGAAACUAAUACUAGGUGUUUUCAAGUUUUGUUAGUGCAAGUAAUUUUGGAUCUAUGAGCAAGCUUAUGAAUGCGAAUCAGCCAGUAAGUGUUCCUUAGGAAUUGUCACAAAUUCCGUUAUGGACCAUGACCAGAUAGUGGAGAGACUAAACGAUGAACAUAUUUCUUUAGUUGGAUCACGAGGCUUGCCUACUUCCCCAAAUGGAUCUCCACUGGGAAAUUGCAUUUUUGAUAGGCCAAAAUUUCCUACAGCAUAUUCUAGUUUUGUAAACUCAAGACAGAGACCCAGAGGUCCAAUCAACUGGCUUUAUCACGAACAAGAGAGUUCUAAUACAUCAUGGAACUCAUUGGAUGAUUCAAAUACUUAUUCAAUCGACGGACAUUCUCAUGUUCAGCAAGGCCGUGGCUUGUCAACACAAUCUAUUUAUGGUCAUGGUUGGCUAUUUAUUCUCUCUGUGCCUAUAUUUGCAUUUUGCUAUUUUGGGUUGAGAAAGCUGUUCAAGAAUGAUAAAAAAUAUAAUGAUUUGAAGGAAAAGCAAUCUGUCGUUCCUAAGAAGAGAAAAUCUCGGAAGUCUGGAAAGUUGAAAAAUGCUACCAUCAGUGUUAGUCAUGACAGACAUACUUUAUCCAUGAAAGAGAAUGCUGAAACCAAUGGGCAUAAUCAAAUUCAGGUCAAUGGAAGUUAUUCAUUUAUACCUGAUGGUGAUAGUGAUGGGCGUUGGGUUGGAAGACUUUUUGUUACAAAUAUUGAAAUCGGUCACGGGAGCAAUGGUACAGUCGUCUUUGAAGGAUUUUAUGGUGGUCGUCCAGUUGCUGUAAAACGGCUUCUUCGUGCACAUCAUGAUGUUGCCUUUAAAGAGAUUCAGAAUCUUACUGCAUCUGAUCGACACCCAAAUAUUGUUCGGUGGUAUGGAGUAGAACAAGAUUUGGAUUUUUUGUAUAUCUCACUGGAGCGUUGUAUUUGCAGCCUAAGUGACUUAAUAUGCAUAUGCUCAGAUUCUUCUUCACAUUCAGUAUCUGUGGAAAAUCAAACUUUAAAUUCUGUGGUCGAAGAUAAAGUUCAAUUAAGCUUGGUGAAAGGUAUCAGAAAGGAUGUUAACUUGUGGAGAUCAAAUGGGUUUCCUUCAAGCCAACUCUUAAAGAUAAUGAGGAGCAUUUUUCACUUCAGCUUCAACUGUAUGAAAAAGAACUUGAAUUGGAUAUACUUGUUGGGAAACUCUUGGACCUGUUCCUCAAGGAUUUGAUAUGUACUUUGCAAGUCGAUUCCCAAAGCUCCUAAUUGAAGUCUACAAAGUGGUUUACCGAUUCUGUAAGGAAGAGGAUUCCCUUAGCAAGUAUUUCGAAAGCAGCCUUUUGUAGGUUCAAAAUGCUUGUUUUGUACUUCUUGGAUGCAAUAACUAAACCCUAGUAUAUUAUCCUAAAAAGGUUGUAUCUACUAUGUUUAUAAUCCAAAUCCUGCUUAAUUCAUUGCAAAUUGUGAUUC